UUGAAUUAAACUAAAUAUAAAUCAAAAUGUUUAUCAAAUUAAGUAUUGGGAUGAUUAUACUUGCUUUGGGUUGUGCUCAAGUUCCAUUUCCAAAUACCUGCCCGGACGUGAAAAUACCGGAAGAGUUUGAUGUUGAUGCUUACAUGGGAAUUUGGUUUGAAUACUCGAAAUAUCCUUUCCUUUUCGAGAUUGGAAAGAAGUGUAUGUAUGCCCGCUAUACAAACAAAGGUAAUGACACCGUCUAUGUGGUCAAUACUGCUGUCAAUCGCUUCACUAACAGCAAAUCAAACGUUACUGGUACUGCCAAAAUUCUUGGACCGGGUCAAUUAGCAGUUAAGUUCUCCAAGAAUCAGAGUGUCGAUAAGCCGAAUUACUUGGUUUUGGGUACUGAUUAUACAUCCUAUGCGCUCGUCUACAGCUGUACGAACUUUUCAACUGUUGCUCACACAAAAAAUAUUUGGAUUCUGACACGUGAGCGCAAACCUACCAACAGCGUUGUUGAUGCUGCCAAAAAAGUCAUGGAUGAUAAUAACUUAUUGCAGGCAUUCCUUAUAGAUACCGCACAGGAUGAUUGCCCUGAAUCAGAUACUACACAGUUACCGGAUUACAAAUUAUCAGGUGCCGACACUAAAGCGGAAAUGGCUGCGGAAAGCAACUACGCCCCAGCUGAAAUUGUUUCCAUAGCUUUUGCCGGGACUGACAGUGAAUCAGUCGAUGUCACUCUUAACGGAGAACAACCAAAUUUGAUUGAUAAAGCAUGAAAAUUAUUUACGCAUAUUUUUAAGCAAAUUAUAAGAAUCUUAAAUUAUUUUCAUAUAUUUUGAACACAAUAACUUGUUAAGCUAUUUGGGUAAAUACAUAUUCGUAUAUCAUUA